AUGGAGAAAAGGGGAGUCGACGACGUACCGGCCAUCGGCAUUGACCUCGGAACAACCUACUCAUGUGUCGCCGUUUGGAAGCAUGAUCGCAUCGAAAUCAUUCCCAAUAAUCAAGGCAAUAGAACGACACCGUCUUGUGUUGCUUUCGUUGAUGAAGCACGUUUCAUUGGCGAUGGCGCCAAGAACCAAGCGGCUAUGAACCCUGCUAACACCAUAUUUGAUGCCAAGAGGUUGAUUGGAAGGAGGUUCAGUGAUUCCAAAGUGCAGGAUGACAUGAAAUUGUGGCCUUUUAAGGUCGUAGAAGGUCCAGCCGACACACCAAAGAUAGUUAUCUCCUACAAAGGAAAAACGAAGGAAUUUUUGGCUGAAGAAAUUUCAUCCAUGAUUCUUGGGAAGAUGAAAGAAACUGCUGAGUCAUACCUUGGAAAAGUUGUAAGAGAUGCUGUGAUAACGGUUCCGGCUUACUUUAAUGAUUCACAACGUCAAGCAACAAAGGAUGCUGGAGCCAUUGCUGGACUCAACAUCAUUAGCAUGAUCAAUGAGCCUACAGCAGCUGCAAUUGCUUAUGGUCUAGAGCUCUUCAAAACUAAAGAGAGAAAGAAGAAUGUUCUUGUGUUUGAUCUUGGUGGUGGGACUUUUGAUGUCUCUAUAUUGACCAUACUGGAAGGGGGUACGUUUGAGGUGAAAGCCGUUGCUGGUGACACCCAUUUAGGAGGCGAGGAUUUCGAUAACCGCAUGGUGGAUCACUGUGUUCGAGAAUUCAAAAGGAAAUGGGAAAAAGACUUGACACCUAACAAAAAAGCAUUGGGGAGACUUAGAUGUGCUUGUGAGAAAGCAAAAAGGAUUCUCUAA